AUGGACCCCUUCUCGAUUCUCGUUGGAAGUGCAGGGCUGGCGGAUGUCUCCUUUCGCAUCAUCUCCUAUCUUGCCACGAUCCGAAGCGCAUCUGCCAAGAUACAGGAUGAACUCACCAUUUUGAGCCAGGAGAUCUCAUCGCUGAUUGCGGUCAACGAGACGGUCGAGGACUGCUGGCAUUCCUGGCAUGACCCGAGUAGCUUCGACACCUCGGCCAACGACGAGGCUCAUGUCACCGACGUCUGGAAGAAUCUCGCCAUGCUCUUGCAGCAAAGCAAAGGCCAUGUCGAGCAGCUGGAGGCCUUACUCAAUGCAGUCAUUGGCAACAAUGGCCCCCAGGUGGCUGGCAAGCUGGAUGGGUUGAGGAAGACGAUCCGAAAACAAGGCCGCGAUGGGGAAUUCAUGCAGUUACGCCAGCGCAUCGCCAACCAUCAGGCUGGCAUCCAGAUCUUGUUGAAUGCACUAAAUCUUGCCUCCACGCUCAAGUCGCAUACCGCCAGGGACCGUGCCGUCGGCAACUUGUCCGAGAACCUGCGGCGUCAGAACACCAAAAUGCAGAUUAGGCUCAAUAGCCUACGCCGGGAACUUCGAGGGGGACCCAAUUCAGACAGUCUCUGCAGCUCGCUUGGGUGCGCCGACGCGGUAGCAUCGUUGAUCCGCUUCAACGAGCACUUCGACAUGCCCCAGAAUGUGAGCAGUUACUACACAGGCCGCCACAAGCAGCUAGAACAGUUCAAAGCGACGCUCAGCGUCGGCCUCACCCCGGAACAUCAAGGACAUCAGAAGCGAUUCGUCAUUCAUGGUCUUGGAGGUUCGGGAAAGACCCAAUUUUGCUGCAAGUUCGCUCAGGACAAUCGAGAGCAUUUCUGGGGUGUCUUCUGGGUCGAUGGAAGCUCCUAUGCAAACAUCCAACACUCCUAUGCGCGGAUUGCCCGGAUCGGCGGCGUGGAAGCGAACGAGAACGCAGCCAAAGCGUGGCUGUCCAGCUUACAGCAGCCCUGGCUCCUGCUCAUUGACAAUGCCGACGACCCCGAGACGGACGUGGUGCGCUGCCUUCCGGCUGGAGAACGAGGGGUGAUCCUGAUCACCACGCGCAACCCGACCAGCAAGCAAUACGGAACGGAAGGCUCUCGAUUUUUCCACUUCGAUCAACUCGAGACGCAGGAAGCGAGCGACCUCCUGCUGGCGGCCGCCGUCUGCCCGCGCCCCUGGGGGGUGUCCACCCGACAAUACGCCGACCGGAUUGCCCAGAUCUUGGGCUACUUGCCUCUGGCCCUGAUUCACGCCGGGAAAGCCAUCUUGGAUCAGCUGUGCUCGCUGACCGACUAUCCUGAAUACUAUGAACGGACCUGGAAUCGGGUCCGCCGGUCGCGAAGUACUCGGACUCUUUCGCGUGCACGCGAGGCGAAUGACCAUGGGGAUGCAUCCUCCAAUCUGAGGGUGUAUUCAUCGUACGAGAUGAUCUACGUGGGCCUCGAAUCCAGAAGCGAUCAGCGGUCUCGGGAUGCGCUGGAUCUGCUGAGGAUGUUCUCCUUCUUCUACUGGGAGAACAUUGAGUAUGAUCUGAUCAGAGCCGCGGCCACGAACCCUCGGCAAGAACGAGAAGAGACUCAAGCGCGGCGCGAGCAGACGAUUCAGCAACAGCAACCACUAUCAUCCCUGCUUCCGGGGCCCAGGACUAGGACUUGGGCUUGGAUAGCAGGACCUUACCAGUGGAUCGCCACCAUGGCCGACCGGCAGACCAGACCGAGUGCGACUCUGCCGGAUCUCCUGCGCGACGAGGAUGCCCAGCCCUUCGACGAAGAUCGGCUACGGGGCGCGCUGUCGCUCCUGGUUCGUCUGGGCAUGGUGACCCUCCACGAGGAAAACAACAGUUAUUGGAUGCACCCGAUGGUGCAUACCUGGGUGCGACAGCGGCCCGAAACCAGCACCGCCGAGCAGGCCCUCUGGUGCCAAGCAGCCGCGACCGCUCUGGCGCAGUCGAUCUGCUUCCACGCUCAGAGGCAUAAGCGCCAGAUCCAUCCCCACGUGGAGCAUGUGCGCAAGUGCCAGGCGGAGGUGGAGGCCCGGCUUGCCGAGAAUCAGAGACGCGGGCGUCGGCCGUGGCACCAGACGAUGUACCUCUACCUUCUGCCUCCGCAACAAGGGUUAAGGAGGCCUCACCAGGCAGUAGAAGCCGCCAAGUUUAGCUUGGUCUACCUUCAGUGUGGGCAAUAUGCCCAAGCCGAGGAGCUGCAGCGUCAAGUUCAGGAGUACAUCUUCGCCAGAUCCGGUCCCGAGUCUGAGCACGGGAUCACGAUUGCUCGGUUGCUGUCCAAGACCUACGCUCUGCAGACCCGCAACAACGAGGCAAGAGCCCUGCAAUAUCGGGUGCUGGACGCGGCCGUCCGCUUCUAUGGCCCCGAAUAUCCCCUCACGUUACAGAUCAUGGAUGACCUUGGCGCCACUUGUCUGGCAGGCAGCCGGCUCCAGGAGGCUUAUUGCCUCCACCAAGCAGUCGUCCGCAAGCUAUCCCAGCUGGACGGGUUUGGACCCCAGCAUGAGACGACGUGCGCGGCCGUCCAGAGCCUGGCCCAUGUCGAACAUCGGUAUCUGGAGCAUGAGAAGGCGUUCGAGCUGCAGUCUCGGGCCUAUGAGGGACUGCGAAGGAUCCUAGGCCCCACGCAUCCCCAGACCUUGGAGGCUCAAGAUAACCUGGCGAGCAGCUACGGGUUUCUAGGCGAAGCGCACCUGCCCCUCGCGCUGCAGCUGAGCGAGGAGGUUCUGCAGAUCCGCACCCAGACCCUGGACCGGGAACACCCCUUGACCCUCCAAUCGACACUCACCGUGGCCAAAAUCCAGACCGCGAUGGAUCGGUUUGCAGAAGCCGAGCAAUUGUUCCUCGACGGGCUGCCCGUCGCUGAGAGGAAUCUGGGCCCGAACCACCUCGGGACCCUGGCGGCUCGGACGUGGCUCGGGCAUCUGUACUGGCGUCAAGAACGACAUUCGGAGGCGCAGGCCAUCUGGAUCGAUGUCCUCUCCAAACAGAGAUAUGAGCAGUCCAGGCGUGCGGAUGGGGAACAUACGGAUCGCAUCCAAGCCAUGUGGUUUCUCCUCCACUCCUAUGAGGAUCAAGGGCGGGUGGAUGAUGCCCUACGGAUCUCGGAGGAGAUCACCCAGCUGCUGUACGACUUUGGCGGAGAAGGUCUGGGCCCGAAGCACAAACUCUGGAAUCAUCUGCAGAAGAAGAGGGAAAGUUUACUGCGGUGGAAGAGACUGGGCAGCAGGCCUGAUGAUGGUGGUGGUGGUACUCCAGUUCGGCUGAAGAAGGUGGUGAAGGACUUUACCUUCUGA